AUUCGAUUGCGGCAUGCUAUUCUUUAUGCCGCCCCGCUGUAAAUAUGAAUAAUAUUAAAUAAUUCCUGUCAUCAUCCCUUCGAUUGGCGAGUCGAGUUGCCUUAAACACGCAUAUGCAAUGCAUUCCGGAGAGAGGAUUGCGAUUGCCACAUAAUGCGAUUGCGUGAGUUAUACGGAUGGGGCUUUUUGCCGACUUCAAUUUAGUCUACGAUUGGCACUUCGAAAACGAAGUUGUAUUCGCCGGGGUGUGAACUGCGGAUUCUUGGCCCCAACCAAGUAAAUUCGAAUCAGAAUUGUGCCAUUUUCUCUAAACACACACACACACCCCAAGCUCGCACACACACACACAGAGACCGCGUGUGUGGAAAUAUAUUGAAAAUGCAGUGAGAAAUCUGCACUUCUGACGGGCAAUACAUACAAUUUAUACAUCUUUCACCUGUGUAUCUGUAUCCUCGAAAAUAUGUAGCUACGAAAAUACGCAUACGUUGCUUUAUGAUUGCAUAAACAAUUAGAUGCGAAAUGUGUAUGUACGCGUAAGGAUUUGCCGAGCACUCAGUGCAAAAAGAGAAGAAAAACGCGAAAAAAAAGGAAAAUGUUGCGGGUAUAAAGGUUAAUUGGAAAAGUAUACGAUCCGCGGAGCCUCGAAUUUGGGAAUAAUGGAACCGAAAAGAUGGCACUUGCAUUUAUCAUGUUUUUUGCUACUCCUUAGUUCAACUUUUUCUGAUGUCGGGAAGAUUACGUCGUCUCAAAAUCACUUUGGAAACACAAUACAAAGUCAAUUUAAUACGAAGAACAAUACUCGAGUUAUUGCACAAAAAGGAGGACUUGCGAUUCUGCCCUGUGUGGUCAAAGUUAACUCCCCAGCUACGGUUUCCUGGAUACGCAGAAAGGACUUUCAACUCCUGACAGUGGGCCUAUCCACCCACAGUAGUGACAAGCGAUUCUUGGUGGAGCAUACACGGCACAUGGGCCACUGGUCCCUUAGAAUAAAAGCAGUUCGCGAGGAAGAUCGCGGAUUUUACGAGUGUCAAUUGUCAAUUUAUCCAACUCAGUCAAUAGUUAUAGAAUUAAAGAUUGUCGAAGCGGUAGCUGAAAUUUCGAGUGCACCGGAACUGCAUAUUGAUGAGACUUCUACUCUGCGACUUGAAUGCAAACUGAAGCGAGCUACCGAGAAUCCUGCAUUUGUUUUUUGGUACCAUGAUAGUAAAAUGAUCAAUUACGACUCACAAGGCGGCUUCGUUGUGACAUCGAUUGGGCAGAGCAAUCCGCAGAGUGGACUGAUUUUCAGGAAUUCGCCGGCGAACAAAUCGCGCCCCACCAUGCCAAUGGAGUCCAGCAAUGGCGGCGUCCUCAACAGCCUACUGGGCAGCUCGGACGCCUUCAAGGCACCGGCCAAUGUCCCCUCCUCCACGCCCUAUAUGCAACAACAUCAGUCCGCCUAUCUCCUGAAUCCCUCGGUCAGUGUGCUCACUGUGAAGCAAGUCAAUUUCCGUCAUGCCGGCAACUACACAUGUGCUCCAUCAAAUGCCCGUCCUGCCAGCAUUACAGUGCAUGUUUUACGGGGUGAGAAAACGGCGGCCAUGCAGCACGCCAAUCGGAGUAUUUUGGAUACGGAGACCAACGGCAACGGCACCUUCGGAUUGAUCACUUUGGGUGGGCUGAAUGGAGCCAGUAGCGCAACUGUGGCCGGGGGAAUCUUGUACUUCUCCGGCAUGUUCCUGCUGAUGAGCGCGGUGGCAUUAGAUCGAUUCUCAUUAGCGGGAACUCACAAGGUAUUCGUAGCAUUUAUAAUAGUCACUAUGCAUAGCUGAAACUUAUAACUGAUGGCAUUUGGAAUGGAGCAACUUCAAUCAUUCGAGGAUAUUAUAUUUGAGGAUAUUUGUUUUAAAAUAGAAGAUUGUAAAUAGAUCAUUGACAUACCAUAUUGAAAAUGCAUGGGCAUUGUAAGUCACUUAAAGUACUCUAAGAAUAAAUUGUAAAUAGACUUCCAUUACAUGCAAUGUAUUGAAUUGAGAAAUAAGAUGAGAAUUCACGAACUUGUUACCACAAACUUAUAAAAUGCAUACCUAUGUCAUACAAUAAGUCAUAGGGGAUUGAAAGCCGCAUAUUUUGAUGGUUCAAAGUGGUACGUAAGAUAAAAUGUAUGCUUAGAUGUUCAUAUUUAUUGACUGGUACUGACAUUUUAAUGUUACAAACAAUGGAAUUAGCGUAAAAUAAUGAUAAAGCCAUACAGAUUUGUUACCUAAUAACUCGGAAAAUUUGAUCGUCACCUUUAAACUGUUAUUCUGCUCAGUGUUCGAUAUUUAGUAUAUAGAUUGAUUUAUGUAAGCACCUUUAGAAGUAUGCUAAUUCAUAUACUGUAUGUACAACUGUAAAUAAAUAUUACUUCCGUGAGCGUUUUCAAAAGCGCUGUCUUCAAUCCAAAUGGGCAGAAGUGUCAGU